ACUCGUGUAACUUGGCCUUCCCCACGCCGGAAGAUCAACGUAUACAUAUGAAAUCAGAAUGGCAUCGUUAUAAUCUUAAGAGAAGAGUUGCACAAUUACCACCUAUAGAUGAAGAUCUUUUCAACAAUAAAGUUGCAGCAUUAUCUUUGAAUGACAAUGAAGAUAGCUCUAAGAGCUCUGGAAGUAAGAAGAAUACUACCAAUGAUAAACAAUUAACCAAAAAAGAAUUAAGGAGAAGAGAAAAAGAGGCAUUACAAGAAAAGAAGAGACAGAUUUUAGAGACUGCAAGACAGGCCAUGAUAGCAAAGAGAAAUGGAGAGCCUUUUGAGAUAAAGGAACAAGAAGCUGAAAUUAAAGAGGUUGAAGCUGAAAUUAAAGAGGAGGGAGCUGAAAAGAAGGAUGGGUUAGAGAAGAAAGAUGAAGAGCCAAAAAAUGAGGAAGAAUUAACUCCUGAACAAGUCCAAGAACGUUUAAUAGCAGAAAAACUUGCUAACCGUACUGAAAUACCCAUUACUACAUGUUUAUUUUGUCAUGCUAAGAAAGGUGCUAAUUUUGAAAGCUUAGAAGAAAAUGAAAGUCAUAUGUUCUCCCACCAUGGUCUCUAUAUACCAGAACAAAAGUAUUUGGUUGACAAAGAAGGCUUGAUUAAAUACUUGGGCGAAAAAAUCGGUUAUGGUAAUGUUUGUCUUGUAUGUAAUUAUCAAGGUAGAAACGUUGAAGCCGUUAGAGAGCAUAUGCUCAAUAAAAGACAUAUGAAAAUACCGUACGAAUCUGAAAAUGAAAAAUUAGAAAUAUCAGAAUUUUAUGAUUUUAGCUCAACUUAUGACUCUAAUGCUGUACAAGUUAAUGGUGAUGAAGGUGAUGUGGAAGAAGGUGAUUGGGAAGACGUUUCUAGUGGUGAAGAAGGUGACGAUGAUGACGAAGAGUUACCUCCAAAUGAUAAUAAUGCCCUUUACCAAAAUAAUAAAGAACUUGUUUUACCUUCUGGUGCGGUAAUUGGACACCGUUCAUUAGCAAGAUAUUACAGACAAAACUUACCACCAGACCGUAUCUUAUCUGAAGGUCAAGGUACUGUUAUUGCAGCAGAAACUAGACAUUUCAUGAAUUUCAAAGAUAAGGCCGAAGUCUCUGCUCAAAAGAGGGCUUGGGGUAGAGAAAAGAAAAGAGAAGAUAUUAAUGAUAGAAGAUCUGCUAAGUUCAUUAAUAACCAACCUCAUUACAGAGACCAGUUAUUACAGUAGGUUAAGUGAAAUAUAUAGUCAUAUAAAUAAACGUGC